AUGGCGAACUCACCAUCCCCCGUGGAUGACUCGACAGUUCCAGCUACUCCUCCCUACGUCCGCACUCGCUCCGCAGACAGCAUGAACAAAUCCUCGUAUGCAUCCCCUCCACCCAUGUCAGCCUCCAUGACCCCGCCUCCAUCGACACAACCUCCUCGUUUUCAGUCUCCCGUCAAUCGCAUCAACUCUGCUCCCAUCGAUGCCCUGCUUGCUUCACCUCCACCAACAGCGAUUAGAUCGAAUGUCCUCAACGCCUUGCCAACACAAGAUGCGAUCGCGAAAGCAGACAUUGAAGAAUUGCGAAGCAUGGCCACCGAUUUGGUCGCAGCAGUGCGAGAAGCGCGAACGUCGGCCGCUCAUUUCAAACUGCAACACAGUCUUCUGGCUAUGGAGGCGGACCAGGCUGCGCAACGAGCCGAAGUUGAACAACAAAUGAGUCGUCGGGAGAUCGAGGUUCUCCAAACCGCCGAGUAUAGGCACCGUGCGUCAAUGCAGUCACGAAACUCGGUUCCUCCACCCCAGCCGCAGAUUGAGGCUUUGACCAAAACAUGUCAAGCUUUGGAGGAGGAGCGUGACGAAGUAGAGAAGCGCCUGACUCGAGCAAAGAAGCUUGUCGAGUUGCAGAAUGAUCGAAACGAAUUGCUUGAAGAGGAGAAUGCCCUGUUGAAGAGGCGAAUUCGUGAGAACAGAGAGCACUUCACCAAGUUCAAGUGUCUGUCGCCAUCGCACACCACUCCUCGCGACACCUUCACGACUCCCCACCGGAAGCCUGUACCUCGCUUCCCAGAAUCUGCACCUGUACCAAACCAUUCAAACAUUGCUGCCCUUCUAGCCGCAGGUGAAGUACUCAGUGGAGAGUCUCUUAGCGUCCCUUCGACUCCCACGCGAACGCACACCUCCAAAUUCAAGCAUGGACAUACCCGUGGCGCUCAUUCUCUGUCGUCACUGCAGACCACACCGAUACAAGUCAAACCUGCCACCCAUGACGGCUACCCAGGGUCUGUGGUGCCCUUUUCCGCACCCUCUUCCCAGUUGGCCAUGGAGUCAGCUGAAAGAGAGCGCCAUGACCGAGAUAGCACCAUUUCCAUCUCUGAUGUCGAAGAGGGCAACAACGAUGACAGCAUUCCAGAGUCUCAGGCCAGUUCAUUGGCGAGUGAUAUGUUGCGUCGAAAUCCAGGCUCUCAGGAGAGCUUGAGGCUAUCUCAAGGUGCAGAGCGCUCAAGUAAUCUACUUCAGAGCAAGAUAUUUGGUACCAUCAAGAAACCCGGUCAGCUCAGAAAGCGAGGAGCGAGUUUUGGAGAGUCUGACAUCAAGGCGAAGAAGGCGAAGCUUUCUCAAGGAGUUGGACUUGGGAUUGGGUCUUGGAGUCAAGCCUGA